AUGAUCCCGUUGUAUAAAAAUAAGGGGGAUAUCCAGAACUGCAACAACUAUAGGGGUAUCAAGCUGUUGAGCCAUACGAUGAAAGUUUGGGAGAGGGUGGUGGAAGCGAGGAUGAGGAAGAUAGUAUCUAUUUCAGAGAACCAGUUCGGAUUCAUGCCGGGGCGUUCGACUACAGAAGUCAUUCACCUUGUGAGGAGGUUGCUGGAGCAGUAUAGGGAUAAGAAGACUGACUUGCACAUGGUGUUUGUUGACCUUGAGAAGGCUUACGACAAAGUCCCAAGAGAGGGGUUGUGGAGAUGUCUGGAAGCUAGAGGUGUCCCUAUAGCAUACAUUAGAGCGAUUAAGGACAUUGGACGCACUGACAAGCCACAUUCAAGGAGAGGUACCGUGGUGCAUGCGUUGUUUGCAGAUGACAUUAUGCUUAUUGACAAGUCGCGGAGCGGUGUUAACGUGAAACAGGAGGUUUGGCGACAGACUCUGGAGUCGAAGGGUUUGAAGUUGAGCAGGACUAAGACAGAGUACUUAGAGUGCAAGUUCAGUGAUGUAAGUCAGGUAGAGGACGAGGACGUGCAGCUGGAUACUCAGGUCAUCCCGAAGAAAGAAAGUUUCAAGUACCUGGGGUCGAUCAUCCAAUGGACUGACUAG